ACUCAGCAAAACAAGAUGGAGAAGUUAUUUGUGCUGCUGAUCUUCUGUCACGUUACAUCUGCGGUGAAACACUCCCUGAAAUAUUUCCUUACUGCAUCUUCUGGAGUCCCUAACCUUCCAGAGUUUGUGGGCGCGGCGCUGGUUGAUGAAGUCCAGGUCGGUUACUGUGACAGCAACAUCAGGUCUGCAGAACCCAAACAGGACUGGAUGAGGAAGCUGAUAAAGGACGACCCACAACACCUGGAGUGGUAUGCUCUGAAGUGUUCGGGGAAUCAGCAGGUCUUCAGAGCCAACAUUGACAGCUUGAAGCAACGUUUGAACCAAACCGGAGGUGCCCACAUCCUACAGAGGAUGAACGGCUGUGAGUGGGACGAUGAGACCGGAGAAGUUAUUGGUUUUAAUCAGUACGGCUAUGACGGAGAAGACUUUAUUGCGUUGGACCUGCAGACGCUGACAUGGAUUGCUCCAAAACAACAGGCCUUCAUGACCAAGCUUCGAUGGGAUGCUGAGAAAGCUAGAUUAGAGUAUAAUAAAAACUACUACAUCCACAAAUGUCCUGAUUGGCUGAAGAAGUAUGUGCACUAUGGGAGAAGCUUCCUGCAGAGAAAAGAGGUUCCCUCAGUGUCUCUCCUCCAGAAGUCUCCGUCCUCUCCAGUCAGCUGCCACGCUACAGGUUUCUACCCUGACAGAGCCAUGAUGUUCUGGAGGAAAGAUGGAGAGGAGCUUCAUGAGGACGUGGACCUCGGAGAGAUCCUCCCCAACCACGAUGGAUCCUUCCAGAUGAGUGUAGACCUGGACCUUUCAUCAGUCCCAGAUGAAGACUGGAGGAGGUACGACUGUGUGUUUCAUCUCUCUGGUGUGGAGGACAACAUCGUCACCAAACUGGACAAAGCAGAGAUCAGGACCAACAGAGUUCGUCCCUCAGAGUUGCCGGCUGGUGCUGUUGUUGGAGUGGCUGUAGGACUGUUGUUGCUGUUGUUGUUGCUGCUGACACUCUGCAUCUCUGGACUCUGGAGAAGGAACAAUUAUGGCUUCCGGCCUGCUAACAGUAAGAAUUCUACCUUAAAAUACACUCAAAUUGAUUUUCUUUUCCCCCGUGUGGACAACCAACUAAUACCCUGUUCACCAUAAAAUAAAUAAUGUU